GACUUUUCAGCAUGGCCUGGAUGAGUCUGCUUCACAUUCCUUAAAAUCAUUUUUCAACCAACCUUUACAUUGGGUUUCGUGCAUAUCACAUUUCUACCCUUCUUUACUCAGGACUCCAUCAGCUGGAGGAUUGAAGGCUGAGGGUCAAUUGAAACUGCUCUUAUCCCAGCCAAGCUGUAAUUGGAACCUGCUUCUGGAAACCCUACUGCAUCAUGAUGGUCUUUUACUGAGAAUCUUGCUGAAGAGCUCAAAACAUAUCAUUCAAGAACAAGUUUCUGAUACAGAAAAUUAUCUGAACCAAGGACCCAGCUUGAUGGAAGCUAUCUUUAAAGUACUGUACCACUGCAAUCUUUCUCCACAAACAUUUGGAAAUGUUUUUGUGACCUACAUGGAAGAAGAACAAUUAUGGGACUUUUUAGGUAACAUUCCAGUCUCAACCUGCAUGGAGUCUGAGCAGGAGUUCAUCCGAUGCUUGAGAUUAGCACUGAUGGAUGCCGUCAAGGACAUUGUACAGCAGAUAAUAUCUGUGAUGAGCUCUGGGAGAAACCGUGAAACAGAACUAAACAAGCAUAGUGUUCCUGAUCAUUUGCUUGCGAGCAUCCCAAAAGAAUGGAAUUAUAUUCCAAAAGAAACCAAAAGGAAAGAAUCAAAUAAAGGCUUCACAAGACUUGCUGCUCAAGCAGUAUCUAUUGUAAUCAGCAAGUUACCUACAGUGAUUGCAUGUUUGCCUCCCUCAAUUAAAUACUUCUUUUUUCUGUCGGAGAGAAAAAUGUCAAAAAAUUUUGUUGAAUUGAAGAAAGCUGGCCUGCUUGUCUGGAACUUGAUUGUAAUUAUAUGUCAGAUAUUUGAGGAUGGAAACACUGUGGAACUUUUAACAGGUGCCUCCCUUGACAGAUGGAGUAAAGAGAAACUCAGUUUAAUUUGUGUGUGUUUGGAAAGCAUCAUGGGACAGCAGACAAGUAGCCCUAAUCAAGUGACACACAAGGUCGUACAGAGCAUUGAGCAGCAAAAGCCCAACUGGAUUGAACGCCAAUUGUUGAAAGCAAGGAAACUGAGCACUGAAUGUGCACUUAUGACAAUAGAGAAAACCACAGCCUUAGAAGGAGAUAUUGCUCUUGAACUGACUGAGCAGAAAAUAAACACGAUGGUCCUGGAUCUUUGCCACAAACCAGGUGGCUGCGAGUACCUGAGGCAAAUUUAUCACAUCAUGCGGCUCAAUGAGGAAUAUUUAAAAGAACAGCUGUUUUCUAUGAAUGGUUCUGAGAAAAAGCCAUUACCUAUCCGACCUUUAAAGACAACCUUGAGGAGUGUGGAAAAUCAGCCUUCUGCCUUCAACCCUUUCCAUGUGUAUAAGGUGUUUCGUGAAAACAUGCUAGAUCAGUCAGCCAUAACAAAAUGGAACUGGAAUUGGUCAAACUUGCUGCCAAAUUAUCUGGGACUGGAUAAGAUGACCUUCAGUGUACUGCUCAAAAACAGGUAA